UUCAAAAUUCGACUGGAAUUGUCUAGACCACUUCACUUGCACAUAUCGUCACCAUGAAAGCUUUCUGUGUAUUGGCUGUACUCUUUUGCAUCGCGUUCAUCGCGUUAGCGGAAGUCGGUUCUCCUUGCAAGUCAAACGACGACUGCUCCCAAAAUGAGUGUUGCGUUCAAGUUCACUUGCGGCAAGAUCCCCAAUGCCAAAGUCUGCGAAAGAAAGAUGACUGGUGUGUCCCUGGCUUAAAAUUAGGCGACACUACUAGCCACAGAUACUUCUGUCCCUGCGACGAAGGACUGGAGUGUAGAGCUGAGGAAAUUGAAGAAGAAGACGGAGCUACUGUCUACAAAAAUCCCAAAUGCUCAGUAUAACAGAAUCUAUGGUGAAUCUACAAAGCUAAGCUGGUGUUUUUGAUUUUCAAAAUGUAAAAAGUGGAGCAAGUUUUGAAUGAGAAAUGAUCAAUGUACUUUGAAACAAUCUAUUAAUAAAAUUUUUUUAGAUUAAACAAUAAAGAUAUUUUUUUGUUUUAAAA